GCACGCACGCACGCGGGUUCCGGUUGUUUGCACCCAACUGCCACCGCAGCCUCUUGCCAUGCCGGCAGACAUCAGCAAGUGGGCCGGGCCGCUGAGCCUACAGGAGGUGGAUGAGCGGCCCCAACACCCGCUGCGGGUCACCUAUGCUGGAGUGGAGUUGGAUGAGCUGGGCCAAGUGCUGACGCCCACCCAGGUUAAGAAUAGACCCAGCAGCAUCUCGUGGGAUGGCCUUGACCCAGGGAAGCUCUACACCUUGGUCCUCACAGACCCGGAUGCUCCCAGCAGAAAAGAGCCCAAGUACAGGGAGUGGCACCAUUUCCUGGUGGUCAACAUGAAAGGCAACGACAUCAGCAGUGGAAAGGUCCUCUCGGAUUAUGUGGGUUCCGGGCCUCCCAGUGGUACCGGCCUCCAUCGCUACGUCUGGCUGGUGUACGAGCAGGACAAGCCGCUGAAGUGUGACGAGCCAGUGCUCAGCAACCGGUCAGGAGACAACCGCGGCAAAUUCAAGGUGGCCGCCUUCCGCAAGAAGUAUCACCUGGGCGCCCCGGUAGCCGGCACGUGUUACCAGGCGGAAUGGGACGACUAUGUGCCCAAACUGUACAAGCAGCUGUCUGGGAAGUAGAAGAGUCGGUCGCUUGCCGGUCCUGGCCGUCCCCCUGCAGAGUCAUCGGGCUGAGCGAUGAGUAGCAUGUCUCGCCUCUUCUCACUCCCACCCUGCAUAGAGGAGACGGUUGUACGGCUUAGUUUUGGGUGACUCUUUCUUGUUGCUUGCCCUAAAGACUCUAGAUGGUAGUUGCAUCUCCCAGUUUGUUUUGAUCAAGUUUAAGCCCCAUUCUGGUGGAUAUUUGGCGCUGGGGUGGGGUUGUUAUAUUGUUAUUAAAAGAAUAGUAACUCCAAAAGUAGAGAAAGAAAAAAAAAAUCCAAGUAAAAAGACCAGGUCUACAGAAAGAAAGCUAAACAUCCGUCGUGAAUCAGAGACCGGUGUGAUGCCUGUCUCAGCCUCCUUUGCAGUGAGGAGCCGGUGUCCAGUGACCCCAUCUAAUGGGACGAGUUUUAAGUCCUGUGUCUCCCCCCCCCCCAGCACAACCAGAGACUUUGCUUCCUGGAUGAUCCCAGGCAGUACAGCUGAACAAGUGUUUGUGUCCUGUGACUCCAGUAAAACCAGCUGGGAAAAGCAAUAGGGCGGGUGGCUGACUCGGUGGCGGUGCUGUGAUCUGGCUAGGUACCCUGCUGCAGUCGUGGACAACAGCUGACAGGAGUCCUUAAAUCAGUUCCUGCUAAGUCAGCUGCUUCUCCUGAUGUAAGAAGAGCUAACCUGGAGUUGCUUAUGUUAAUUGUUUGCUUAUUGUCAAAUAAAAUUUUAAAAGAAAAAAAA